AUGUACUCACAACUUACUUCAUACUUUUUGAUAAGUUUUAUUUUAUCCUCAAUUACGAUGGCUUUGCCAAUUCACAGAAGAGAAAUUGUCACCAGAAUUCAUACUGCCAGUACAACAAAUGUCGUCACUGAUUUCUACUCCACAACUACUGAAGUGGUUGUAGCUCCUACUGUUGAAUUUAUUGUCAGUAACGAUGUUACCUUUACCACCACUUUGUUUCCAGCUGGCAUUGACACUACUGUUUCCCCAGCUACUACUAUCACCACAGUCGUUGCCAAGCAAGUUACAACUAACAAUAUCAUUGUUAACACCGCAACUCCAUCCAGAACUACCUUAACACCAGUUGAUAUUGGUAACGUCUUAGGUCAAACUACUACAUCCACAACCGAUGCUGCUGUAGUUGCUGAAUCCACUACUUCUCAACAAAUAUUCACCGUCUCUGCAGUUCAAACCGAUAAUGUUGCCGCUCCUUCCACAACAUCAACCACUGAAAAUGUCGCUGCUCCUUCAACUACUUCAACCACUGAGAAUGUUGCUCCUGUUGCUUCUUCAACUCAAAAGCAAUUGGUUACCAUCUCUGCUGUACAAACCCAAAAUGUAGCGGGUAAUUCAGUCGCAUCACCCACUACUGCCACAUCUGCUGCCACUACUAGUGCUACUUCUAACAACAAUUCUGACAACAACAAUUCUGACAGCAACAGUUCUGACAGUAACAGUUCUGACAACAGUUCUGACAACAGUUCUGACAAUAACAAUUCCGACAACAGCAAUUCUGAUGGUUACUUAACUUCUGCUCCAGGCACUAUUGUCUAUUCUCCAUAUAAUAAUGAUGGUUCCUGUAAAGAUUACAACUCUGUAUACAGUGACUUGUCCUUAAUCAAGUCCAAGGGUAUCAACAAACUUCGUAUCUAUGGUACUGAUUGUAAUUCUUUCCAAACAAUCCAACCUGCUGCUUCAUCAUUGGGAUUAAAAAUCAAUCAAGGUUUAUGGAUUUCUGACGCUGGUGUUGACUCCAUUGAUCCUGCUGUUUCUUCUUUAAUUUCUUAUGGUGAAACAAAUGGUUGGGAUAUCUUUGAUUUUAUUACUAUUGGUAAUGAAGCUAUUAUUUCCGGUUACUGUUCUGUCUCAGAAUUAAUUUCAAAGAUUUCAUCCGUCAAGAGUCAAUUGAGAAAUGCUGGUUACACAGGUGAAAUUACUACAUCUGAACCACCAGUUACAUAUGAAAACUACUCUGAUUUGUGUACCGCUUCUGAAAUUGACUUUGUUGGUAUUAAUCCACAUUCUUAUUUUGACGUCUACUCAAGUGCUUCUCAAUCUGGCUCUUUUGUUAAGGGUCAAAUUCAAAUUGUUCAAAACGUCUGUGGCUCAAAGAGAAUCUAUGUAACUGAAACUGGUUACCCAUCCGCAGGUAUUGUUAAUGGUGACAAUGUUCCAUCAAAAGAAAACCAAAGAAUUGCUGUCCAAUCAAUCUUAGAUGAAUUGAAUGAUGAUGUUACUAUUCUAACUACCUUCGAUGAUUUCUGGAAAGAUCCAGGUGCUUACGGUAUUGAACAAUAUUUUGGUAUAAUCGACUUAUUGCCAACAAAAUAA